GGCGCCAGUCCUCGUGCCAAAGCUGCACCGGCCAACGUGGACUUGGGAUUCAUGAACGUACCCGACCAAGGGGUGGCGGGGUUGCAGCGGAGACUUUCCAAGGAGGUGAAACCAGUGCCUGGAGGAGGGAGGACCAAACCUGCACCAAAGCCCAAACCUCAGCCGAAGCUCCCAUACUGCCGGGCCCUUUUCGCCUACGACGCCCAAGACACGGAUGAGCUGAGCUUCAACGCCAAUGACGUGCUGGAGCUCAUUCGAGAGGACCCCUCGGGGUGGUGGCAGGGCCGGCUUCGCGGGCGAGAAGGCCUGUUUCCUGGAAACUACGUAGAGAAGAUCUGA